GCAGCGAUUUCGUGGAGAGCUCCCAGGAAGCUCUUGUUUCCCGCCGGCUCUUCCUUUUCUUUCACUCCAUUCGUCGGUCGAUCGAUCCGGCUCGAAAUUUUGCGCGUCUUGGUUCCAAGCGGCAAGAUCCAUCGAUCCAUCGCAUCGCGCUAGCUACCGGUUCGUCGAUUACCCUUCCGAUCGAUCCGCGCGGCGUUCUUGUUUCUUUCCCCUAAUCCGUGGUCGCGCAUUUGCAUGUCUCAGAGCAGCGCCUCUCCGAUUGAGAGAAAUUUGGGGAAAGAUCUGGCUAGCGAGCAGGAGGGCUACGCGGUGCUGCGAAAUCUCUACCGGGCGGUGUCGCAGGGUGAUGUAGAGAUCGUCAAGGCCCUGGUGGCCGCGGACAUCGAGUGGUGGUUCCACGGGCCAAGGGCGGAGCAGCAUCUCAUGCGCAUGCUCACUGGCGCGGAUCGGCUGGGAUCGAUCGCGUUUAGCCCCAGCAGGGUUUGCCUCGUCCAGGACAAGUUCUUGGCCGAGGGAUUCUUGGACGCCUCCAAGUCGUGCUGGGUUCACGUCUUCACCAUCAAGUCGGGCAAGGUCGUGGAGCUGCGCGAGUACUUCAACACCUCGGUCACGGUCACGGGCGCCGGAUUCUUCACCAGGGAUGACCCGCUGUGGGAAAGCGAGCUCACGUUGACAUCCAUGCCCGGAUUGAUCGUCGCGGUGUGAGAGAUUGAUCGACAAUCCAGUUCCGGAUUGGUAGUCGUUGCAUCCAUUUCGUCUCUGUUCUUCCAUCUUUCUCGUCUCUGUCGCCCUCUCGCUCGAUUUCUCCCUCGUUUCAUGCCAGGUUCUAGAGCACUGUGCUGGCGGGUUUCUUAGAUCUUGGUGGCUUGUUUUUUCUUCAUUCUCGUGUGGAUUUUGGUGCAUUUUAUAUCGAUCAGUGCGCAGCUGACAAUGACCAAGCUUGGAUUGAGCGACGCCAUUUCGAGCUCCAGUGACUUGAUCGUUAUCAUCGCUCUUGUGUUGUUUCUAUCUUCUUCCUCAGUGGGGUGGAAGAGAAUAAAUAAAAGUUUGUGUGCUUUCCUAUUU